AAGUGCCUUGUAGAACAUAUUGCCUCGUACUUGCGUGGUGUUUUUGCUUCAUCCCCAGAACAAGUGAUAGGCGUACAGAAGGAGAAGUUUUCCCUCUAGUUUCGCCUUCUCCUCUUCGUCAUGGAGGCUCAGGCACAUUUCUCCCGAGAGGAAAUCAACAGCACGGUGUGGGAAGUCCCGGAGAAAUACACACGGCUCAAACAGAUAGGAACCGGGGCGUACGGAUCCGUGUGCUCAGCAAUAAAUGACAAGACUAAAGAGAAAGUGGCCAUUAAGAAGCUCCACAGGCCCUUCCAGUCAGAGAUCUUUGCUAAGAGGGCCUACCGGGAGCUCCGACUGCUCAAACACAUGAAGCAUGAGAAUGUGAUCGGACUACUCGAUGUGUUUACACCCGCCACAAGCCUCGUUGACAUGCAGGACUUCUACCUGGUGAUGCCUUACAUGUUUACUGACCUAUCAAAGGUGCGAGCACAUCUCACAGAGGACAAAGUCCAGUUCCUCGUCUACCAGAUGCUCUGUGGACUCAGGUACAUUCACAAAGCUGGAAUCAUCCACAGGGAUCUGAAGCCUGGAAACUUGGCAGUGAACCAAGACUGUGAACUGAAGAUCCUGGACUUCGGGCUAGCUCGCAGCACAGACGCUGAGAUGACGGGCUACGUGGUGACCCGUUGGUACCGGGCACCUGAGGUCAUUCUGAACUGGAUGCACUACACCCAAACAGUGGACAUCUGGUCUGUGGGCUGCAUCAUGGCAGAGAUGAUCAAUGGAAGAACGCUUUUCAAAGGCAAAGACUACAUGGAUCAGCUGACUCAGAUCCUGAAAGUGACGGGAGUACCGGGACCAGAGUUCAUACAGAAGCUAGACAGUCCAGAGGCAAAAACGUAUAUUAAGGCCCUCCCUCGCUAUCCCAGAAAAGACUUCUCUACAUUGUUCCCCACAGCCAGUGCAAAAGGUAUCGACCUGCUGGAGAAGAUGCUGGUUCUGGACGGAGAUGAGAGGCUGACAGCUGAACUGACUCUGGAGCACCCGUAUUUCGAUGGCCUGAGGGACCAAGACGACUUCCCUGAGCCCACACCGUACGAUGACAGCCGUGACAAUGCCACACUUUCCCUGGAGGAGUGGAAGCGGUUAUGUUUCAGAGAGGUGAAAAGCUUUGUUCCAUUCCCACGGAGGGACUCCAAGAGGAAAAACACUCUCACUAUGUCUCCCUGAUGCCUGAUGCUUGAUGCAUGUCUUGUAACUGUACAGCCAAUGGUGCCCUUGUAUAUUACAACCAUGGAUUCACUCUAUUUCUUUUACCUUGGAUAUGUUUGGAUUUUGACCCAGUGGUUCUUUUUUUUUUUUUAACUAUCAUACCUUUCUUUUUAUGUGCAAUGGUCUACAUGUGUAGAUUGCCUUUCAUGUUAACAUUUCCCUAUAAGUGGAGCAUCUUGUAAAUGUAUUUUGACCGAAUGUCAGAGGCUUUACUGUAUAAUUUACUGUAAUAUUGUUUUUCCAAUUAAACAAUAGCAGAAGAUGUGUGUAAAAUGUUGUGUUUGAAGAAGAUUGUAAAUGUUGCCGCCCACGACAGAAUCCGAAAUAUGCUGGACUAACUCAAGGCCAACCUCAAUGUGUUUUUAUUUUUUAUGAGUGCAUUUUGAGAUGAAAGUUGCAUCCUCAUGUUUAUUAAAAAACAAAACACAAAUAAGG